ACGUGGCCUAUGCGACCAAAAUGGCGGAAACAACAUCGACGUCUGCUACUGCUGCUACAACUGGAACGGGCGAAACCGCUACUUCUAAAACAGACGAAAUGAACGAUCCUUCGAAGCGCGAAACGUUGCUCGAGAACGCAAUCGGUUCCACGGAGAAGAUAUUACAGCUGCGCGAGAGCUUCAACGAGCUAAUCGAGAACGGACUGCUCGAGCUGGCGCGCGUUCGCUAUUCGACCGGCAACAAAUCCGUGUCCGCUUUGCAGCUCAACAUGGGCGAAGUCGAAGCGCUGCGGACGGUGCGAAGUAAAUUCGACGACCCCGACCAACGCUACCCGAGCUUCGAACUGCUACAUCCAGACAGCACGGCAAGUACAACAAACAAGGAAGGCGAAGUCCGCCAACGCCGACAGGCAGAGGAGUCCUCGACCGAGGUGGUGGAGUCGCCUUCUCAGCGCCCCACAAGCCCCAGCGACCCGCUGCGCUGGUUCGGCGUGCUCGUUCCUCAGUCGCUGCGGCGCUCGCAAAAGUACUUCGUAAGCGCGCUCGAGGUCGUCGUGGACGUGGCGAACGAGCAGUUCCGCCUUGUAGCCGCCUUGGACGCCUACCGUACCAGCCAACCGGCAGCUACAGUGAGCGAGGCUGAACCGUGAGCAUGCCUCCAGCAGGCGAGAACGUCAGGAACGGAGGCUUGUUCGGUCAUGGCGCGGUCAAGCACACGUCUUACAGUGAGAAAGCGACGUCAAGUUGCGUGAGGCAGCGAUUGAUAAGGACAACAAUUCUCCGGAAUUCUGUAAAGAUUUCGUGCUACGGACGCGGUUAUCUCAUUCUGGUGGACCUUCUGUAAGGAGUGUUGGGGUCUCCCAUUUGUGCAUUAAACGAACGAAAACUUACAAAAGAGUUCGUUUUGUCUUGACUGAUAAAACUUGUUGAGUUGAUGUCUAUUUGUUUGCAAUUUGAAAGAUCAAACAUUCGAGCUCCAUUCUUGGAUGUCUGAGGGAGCUACAAUGUAAAUCAGCAUAUCAAAAUAAUCUGGAAUCAGAACUGUAUGCAAGAAAACAAGAAUGUAUGGCCCAAACCCAUUUUAACAAGUGUUAUGGUGUGUCAAACAUUUGUGUGUGAGUCGAUAUACG